CACCUUUGUCGCAGUCGGCGCACUCACUUUCGGCAAGAUGAUGCUAGAUGAGAAAUACAUUGGCCUCGGCCUCGCCAUGGCGUCCAGUUUAGCCAUUGGUAUUAGCUUCGUUGUGACGAAAAAGGUACGCGCGACUUCCGAAUAUUGCGGCCGCCCUGGCAACGUCGAUUACCUUUAUCAAGUGUGGAAGCUAACCCUCCACCUCAGGGUCUCAUGCAAGCGGAAGAGCGUCACGGCUUCGAAGGCGACGGAUACGUGUACCUCAAGAGCCCGGUGUGGUGGGCUGGAAUUUCGACCUUGGUCCUCGGGGAAAUCUGCAACUUUGCCGCGUAUGCCUUCGCGCCAGCCAUUCUCGUCACCCCUCUCGGAGCUCUAUCUGUCCUCAUCGGAGCCGUUCUGGGAUCAUAUUUCUUGAAGGAAGAGCUCGGUGUCCUGGGCCGCCUGGGAAGUGCAAUCUGUCUCAUCGGAGCCGUCAUCAUUGUUCUUCAUGCGCCCCCAGAUGAAGACAUCCAGACCAUUGACCAGAUCCUGCAUUACGCCAUCCAGCCUGGCUUCUUGCUGUAUGCAUUUGCCGUCACUUCUUUCGCCGUCUUCAUGAUUUACAAGGUCGCGCCGGUUCACGGACGGAAGAACCCCAUCAUCUACCUCUCCAUCUGCUCGACGGUCGGCUCAAUUUCUGUCAUGUCAGUCAAGGCUUUCGGAAUCGCACUAAAGCUCACGUUCGCCGGAAACAACCAGUUCAGCCACCCCUCGACCUACGUCUUCAUGAUCCUGACGACCGUUUGCAUCCUGACGCAAAUGAACUACUUUAACAAGGCACUUGCCCAGUUCCCCACAAACAUUGUCAAUCCCCUCUACUAUGUAACCUUCACGACGGCGACUCUUUGCGCCUCCUUCAUUCUGUUCGGCGGCUUCAACACUACCGAUACGGUCAACACGAUAUCCCUUCUCUGCGGCUUCCUCGUUACCUUCACUGGCGUCUACCUGUUGAACCUCUCGAGAUCCGACCCGAACGGACACAAUCUGGUUGCCGGUCGUGGUGGCGAUGAUGCUACAGGCACGGACAUGAUCUCCACCAUCCAAACUCGCCUGAGCAUGCAAGCCCGCAGGAGCCAAGAUCCCCACCGCAUGAGCAUCGGUAGUCGCCAUGGUGACACGACUGGCUUGAUGAGGGCCUAUGACGAGGAGGCUGGUGCCGAGUUCGGUCUCACUGAUCUAGCCGAGGAAAGCGACGACGACGAUGCUCAUCAUAGAGCGAACGGAUCCGCCAAAGGCCACUCGAAAUCAUACAACGAGACAAUCGAGCUCCAGAACCAGAGGUCCAACAGAUGAGAGGGUACAGUGGAACCGUCUACUCUCUAGUCAUGGGUAGACGUUGAGGCGGCAAUUGUCCUUUUUUUCUUCUUUUUUUUUCCGCAACAUUUCUUAUUAGGAGCCCGAUAUGGGGGCAGUAUUGUACAUUUUUCUCCACAGCCAUAUGACUUGAGAAGUUCUCCACGACAUGAUCGGAUUCAUGAAAGAGGCAAAGACCUACUACGGAAAAGGUGCAGGUGCACCCUAAGCAAGGGAAAGGGAAAGCACUAGGAAACCAGAACCAUCAAGCUUUCCACACUAUUUCACUUCUGCCACGGCACGAGGA